AUGUCUGGCUACCAAAGAAGAACCAACCGCGGCAUGCACCCUGAAUGGUGGCCCCACAUUCAUGAUCUCCCCAUCAACGCGGCGACUUGGAAUGAAUUCGUCAAUCUACCACCCCUACAGCUCGGGGAAGAUGUCCCAACCGUAUAUAAGAAAGAUCUUAGCUCUCGCCGCCCUGGCGUCAAAAUUCGGUUGGCCCUCAUCAAUUUCUGCCACAGCGAAGUCUCCGUGAGACGCAUGGCCGAUGUAGAAGAUAUCUGCGUUGCCGAGGCCGACCGCCUAGGCCUGAACUACGUCGGUAUCCGCCAGGGUCCCCAUAACUCUGAAAGUGUCUACACCGACGGUUGCCCAACCAUGAUUAGGGACCCGAAAACUGGCAGGAUGAAAAAGAUGCAACGCCAGGCCGACUGGCACAUUACGGUUGUGUUCGGCCAUAGCAUCAACGAACUGCUUCUUCACGGACACAUUUACAUAAACUGGGACGGGAAUUCCAAUACUGAUAUUACCAUCGUGACCGAUCCUGAAAACCAGAGGACAUUUUUUUACGACGGACCCAAGGUCGCCGCGCAAUACUGGGGCGUCAUCAGGGGUGAUACUCUCCCCUUGAAGGCAGUGCAGUAGACAAUGUCAGGAGGCUGUCGGCUUUUGUCCCUUUUACCACAUGGUAAGUGACUACCUAGCCAUUAACCCUGACUUGAAGCCAUUCACAUCUGACCAGUAACAGCAUAGCGAUGCGGUUGCUUUUCUCUUUCCAUAGCGGCUCAAGCUACAUCU